AUGGGCCAGCCGUUGAGUCCUCGCGAGAGCUCUGAUCUGUCCGACCACGAGCUAUCCGACGCUGGAUCCCCUCCCACAAGAAAGCCCACUGGCGACGAUGCAAAUGAAGCAAUCAAUCGGACCAGGUCGGACCAUGCUUGCUAUGGCUCGAGCAUUGCUGCGGACUCACCUUUGGACGGCACCAAUUUCACCUUCCGCGGCUUAGCAGUAGGCAUGGCUAUCGGCAUCAUCAUCUGCUUCUCAAAUACAUACUUUGGCCUUCAGACGGGAUGGGUUUCGGGCAUGGCCAUGCCAGCCUCCUUGAUCGGCUUCGCGGUGUUCAAAUCCGUGUCCAGGUUCCUGACUCUGCCCUUCACCCCAGUCGAGAAUGUCCUGGUUCAGACAGUAGCUGGAGCCGUGGGUACUAUGCCUCUCGGCUGUGGGUUUGUUGGAGUUAUACCAAGUCUGCAAUUCCUACUCAAGUCGGAUGAGGGAGCGCCUCUGGACCUUAGCCUAUGGAGAAUGACGGUAUGGGCUAUUGGCCUGUGCCUUUUCGGGGUCGCUUUCGGUAUUCCUCUGAGAAAGCAGGUUAUCAUCCGGGAGAGGCUGAAGUUCCCCAGCGGCACGGCUACCGCGCUGAUGAUCAGCGUACUUCACGGAGACAGCCAAGAGAAGGGUAAAUCGCAGCGAGAGAUUCAGACGCAGGGCACUGAGGAGCGGGAGCAGCUCCUCAAUGACAGUGAGCGCGAUGCGGAUGACAAUGAACGUCAGGGAGAUGACUCCAGGACCGACUGGAAGCGACAAAUCAGACUGUUGGUACAAGCUUUCACUGGGUCUGGCGCCUAUACACUAUUGCAGUACUUCAUCCCUGUUUUGCACAAGCUGCCUAUAUUCGGCACCUAUCUUGCCAACCAAUGGGUCUGGACACUCAACCCAUCCCCAGCUUAUGUCGGGCAAGGCAUAAUCAUGGGUCCUGCAACAACAAUACAUAUGCUUCUCGGUGCUAUUGUGGGAUGGGCCGUUCUCAGUCCCAUCGCAAAACAUAAUGGCUGGGCGCCGGGUGAAGUCAAUGAUUGGGAGAAUGGCAGCAAGGGCUGGAUCGUUUGGGUCAGCCUAGCCAUCAUGCUUGCUGACGCCGUCGUCAACCUCGGCUGGCUCCUUCUCCGUCCCACCAUAUAUUAUGGUCCCGAUUGGUUUCGCAUUGCGAAGCAUCACUAUCAGCGUUCAUCUUCCUGGAAGGAUCUUAUCGUUCCCUCUCAAGGCUACGCGGCGGUCCCUCAGACGCCAGCCCAGCGCAAGGACGACGAUGAGCCUGCUGACGACGCUCCACCCCAUCAUCUUGUGUCAAACCGCACCAUCGCCUGGCUGUUGCCUCUCAGCAUGAUCCUCUGCGUUGCCUGCGUCCAUGUGACUUUCGGCUCCUACAUCUCCAUUCCCCUCAACAUUCUCUCGCUGCUUAUAUCGCUCCUCCUGGCAAUCAUGGGCGUUCGUGCCCUCGGCGAGACUGAUCUCAACCCCGUCUCCGGUAUCAGCAAGCUCACUCAACUCAUUUUCGCGGCCAUCACACCGUCCUCUAGCAACGCGAUCGUCGUCAACCUCAUCGCGGGGGCCGUCUCUGAGGCAGGCGCUCUGCAAGCUGGCGACAUUCUGCAGGACCUCAAAGCCGGGCAUCUGAUCGGCGCCUCACCAAAAGCACAGUUCUAUGGCCAGCUCAUCGGGUCCGUCGUUGGUGCAGUCGUCUCUGCUGCCGUAUACAAGCUUUACGUGAGCGUGUAUCCCAUCCCAGGCGACCUAUUCCAGACCCCCACCGCCUACGUCUGGAUAUUCACUGCCCGUCUUGUCACUGGUCAAGGCCUGCCACCAAUGGCGUGGAAGUUUGCGCUAUGCUUUGGCGCACUAUUUUGUCUUACCACCGCGCUCCGCAUCUACCUGUUGAACUCGAAAGUGGAGUGGCAGAGAAGACUGCACCCGUGGAUACCCGGUGGUAUUGCCGUCGCAGUGGGCAUGUACAACACCCCGAGCUUCACACUGGCGCGAACAGCCGGCGGCUUGAUUGCGGGGUAUUGGGUGAAUUGGAAGGGCAGGGGCGAGACCAAGGUAAUCGUGCUGGCGAGUGGUCUCAUAUUAGGAGAGGGCGUUGUCAGUAUUGUGAACUUGGUGCUGGCCAGUCUGCGAGUGCCGCAUUUGAGCUGA